GCCGCCAUUGUCCGCGGCCGGCGUAAGGCCUUAUUCCGGACGGCCGUGCUACAGAUGUAGCUGUCGCCGAGAGACUGCCGGGUCUUGGGAACGGUCAAGGAGAAGCGGCGCCUGCGGUCAGGGCUGGGUCAGUGCCGGGGAACCUCGGGCGCCUUCUCUCUCCUCGCCGGCUCGGUGCCCCGGUUGCCCUCGACCUCCGGGGUCUGGGUGCCGGCUUUCUUCAGGCUGGGAGAGGCCGCCCGGACUGGGCCGAGCAGGCCAGGCCUGGAACGUUGUCCCGGGGCAGGACGGAAGCCAGACGCCCGGUGCAGCAGCUCCGAGCCAGGUUGGCGACUGAAGUGCCGGUCAGUACCCUGGCUGAUUAAUCCUCAGGGAUGGCAGCCAUCAACCCAUGGCCCUCCUGGGGUGCCCUCAUGGAGCAGUCUUGGGGGAUGGCAGCUGCUGAGUCUUCUGCUUCCUGGGCUCUGUGCCCUCAGGAUCCAGCAUGGCACAUAGAGGGAAGCCCUGAGGAGAAGGGAAGGAGGACAGCUGGGCUCCCAGCAGCCCAAGGCCAGGAACCAGUGACUUUCAAGGAUGUGGCUGUGGCCUUCACCCAAGAAGAAUGGGGACAGCUAGAUAUUGUUCAGAGGACUCUAUACCGCGAUGUGAUGCUGGAGACCUAUGGACACCUACUCUCUGUGGGGAAUCAGAUUGCUAAGCCUGAAGUCAUCUCCCUGUUGGAACAAGGAGAAGAGCCAUGGUCAAUGGAGCAGGCAUAUCCUCAAAGCACUUGUCCAGGGAGUAGACAGUUACAAACACCAACAGCUCCUAUAGGACAACCCAAAGGCAUGUUUUCAAUACUUCAACCAACAAUGGGGAUUUGCAAAGAGACUGGAGACCAGAGGGCACAGGCUAAGUAUGAGCUCCAGCUCCCUUUGGGUGACACAUAA